UCAAACAAACAUGGGAACCAACAAAAACUACGAGGAACAGAGCAGGCUCUCCUUUUCUCAAUUCCAAACAGAGUUCUUACCCUUCAACGAGAACGACCCUCAGGACAUGGUCAUAUACCAAGUUCUCAACGAGGCCAAUGCUCUCUCCAACACAUUCCACCCUCACCAACGACUCCACCAACCGCAAUUGGGCCUCGAGCCCACCAGAAACAUCGCCAAAAAACACUACAGAGGAGUUCGCCGCCGACCCUGGGGGAAGUACGCCGCCGAGAUUCGGGACUCCGCACGCCACGGCGCCAGAAUAUGGCUCGGCACCUUCCAGACCGCCGAAGAGGCCGCCAUGGCUUACGACCGCGCCGCCUUCAAGAUGAGAGGCGCCAAGGCUUUGCUGAAUUUCCCAGCCGAAAUCGUGGCUGCGGCCUCGGAGUCAUCGUUCAAUAAUAAUAAUAAUAAUAAUAAUAACAACGAUGCUGUUUCUGAUUGUAGUGGUGGAAGCUCUUGCACCACGAACAAUUCCACUCAGGUAAAUGGGUCUCGGUCAGAAAGCACAAGUAGCACUAGUUAGGGGUUGCACAAAUGUAGAAAUUUAUUUUUAUUUUUUCUUUCUGGAAUGGGUUGGUUUAUCAUGGUUUGGUUUAAUUAUUACCACUACAAAUUAUUUGUAUCUGUCUGUCAUUACUGGAAGACAAUAAUUAAUUAAUUAAUUAAUUAA